AAAUAUUACUAUAACGAACUUUCCCCAUUUUUUAAACCCAGAAAUGGCAUUUCGCUUUGGACUUUUACAUAAUCCAAAGACACCGAUUCUAGCUGUUGCGGUUCAUCGCACUUCUGGUACUCGUCCCAGCUUCUGGGUUCCCGCUGGUGCUUGUGCUUGUGGUGGGUUUUCGAAAGCGCAGGCGAAGUUAAACGGCAGUAGAUUUGCUACUGCACGACGGAGGCUGGUGAUAGGGGUGGGAGGUGCUUCGUUCCUGUCGCUGUUUGUGGGCAUGGAUGGUGAAUUUGGCGGCAAGCGUUUCGUUGCCUCCGCGAGGCAGAAGGGUGCCGUCGAAGAAGUUUUGAAGAAUGUUGAUUGGCCGGAACAAUUCCCAUUCAAGGAGGAAGAUUUUCAGAGAUUUGAUGAGUCAUCAGAUUCGGUGUUCUAUGAUGCCCCACGGUUUGUUACACAUAUCGAUGACCCGGCCAUUGCUGCACUAACAAAGUAUUACUCGGAGGUUCUCCCUCCUAGCAAUACUCCGGGUGUAAGCAUCCUGGACAUGUGUAGCAGUUGGGUCAGCCAUUACCCCAAAGGAUACAAGCAAGAUCGUAUAGUUGGGAUGGGAAUGAAUGAAGAAGAGCUCAAGCGGAAUCCUAUUCUGACAGAGUACAUUGUGCAAGACUUGAAUGUGGAACCGAAACUCCCAUUUGAUGACAAUUCCUUUGACGUCAUAACUAAUGUGGUCAGUGUGGAUUACCUGACCAAACCACUCGAUGUAUUCAAGGAGAUGAGCCGCAUAUUGAAGCCAGGGGGUCUAGCCAUAAUGAGCUUUUCUAACCGCUGCUUUUUCACGAAAGCAAUCUCAAUAUGGACAUCUACCGGGGAUGCUGACCAUGUUAUGAUUGUUGGGUCAUACUUCCAUUAUGCUGGAGGAUUCGAACCGCCUCAGGCUGUGGAUAUAUCUCCUAACCCCGGACGAUCAGAUCCAAUGUACAUUGUCUUCUCGAGAAAGGCCUCGAUAGAAGCUUAGACGGGGCAGCAUUUCCAGGA